GGCUGGGAAAGUUCCGGCAGUGGGGAUUAAGCUGCUGGGCGCGGUGGCCAGGGUUCGGCCAGCUAGUCCCGGAUCUUUAAAUUCUCCGCACUGAGCAGGACUGUGCACUCUUACCUGCCAGUCUGCAGCGAGUGUCCCCCCGCUCCACACUCCGGGGACUCUUGUCAUCUGCUUUAGGCGGGAGAUGCUGUUGCUUGACUGCAACCCGGAGGAGGUGAGACUCGGGUGGGUUCCUUUUGUCCUGCAGGCUGAACCUUCCAGAUGUCCAUGCGCUCGGGAGCGCUAGUGAGGGGGAUCGUGGACUGACCGCCGGGCCCUGCCAAUUCCAGCCUGGCCGGAGUGGGAAGGGUUUUGCAGUGGGGGAAGAUGGUCACGGCGGAGAGGGAUCAGGACUGGACAGCGGAGAGAGGCGCUGAAUCCUGUGUGUUCCCGCAGCUGGACAGUCUCAAGCUUCUGCUGGCGACCGGGGCUUCGGUCAACGCACCUCCGGAUCCCUGCGAGCAGGCGCCUGUCCACUUAGCCGCAGGUGGUGGCCUCGUUUAUUUUCUUCUCUGGCAACUGCAAACAGGUGCUGACCUCAACCAACAGGACAUUUUGGGAGAAGCUCCACUUCACAAAGCAGCAAAAGUUGGAAGCUUGGAAUGUCUCAGCCUGCUUGUAGCCAGCGAUGCCCAAAUAGAUUUAUGUAAUAAGAAUGGGCAAACAGCUGAAGAUCUUGCUUGGUCAUGUGGAUUUCCAGAAUGUGCCAAGUUUCUUACAACAAUUAAAUGUACACAGACAAUAAAAUCAAGUGAACAACCCAAUACAGAUCACUGUGUUCCAGUACUCAGACAGAAACGGAGUUUUGGAAGUGUAGAUAAUACAAAUGUGAAGCGGAAGUGUUGGUAAGUAAGUCACAGCUGCUUCUUUCUUCCCCAGCAGUCUCUUCCAGCACAGAAUUUGUUUUGUUUAAAAUAUCAACACUCCUAUUUCUAGUAUUAUCUUUUUGUUAUUUAUUUAUUUUUGGUGGUACUGGGAUUUGAUAUCAGGGCCUCACACUUGCUAGGCAGGUUCUCUACCUCUUGACUCAUGCCUCCAAGCCAUUUUUUUUGCUUUAGUUAUUUUUCAGAAAGGGUCAAGUUUUGUUUUUUUUUCCCAAUUGGCCAGACUUCAA